GCAACGUCCCGCAUAGUUGGUGAUCAUCGCUUGUCAGAAGAAGGUCUUUGUUGGAAGUGCCCAGUGGCCUCUUCGCCAUGUGAGUGCGUGCGAGUGUUAGUGCUCUGAAAAAAAAAAUGUGUGCUGCUGCCUACAUAUUGCACGAACAGUCACUACGUUGAAACCCCGAAAAAUUUCCUCUACCUAAAAGAACGGCACGUACUUCCACACCAAUGCAAUUACACAACUUUCCCGCAAAUCCAUAGUGGUCGUCGUGCUGGUGUGAAGUAUAUGUGUAGUGACAAACUGCAUUCACCAAAGUGGGUUUCCGGACGCGAGUACUCUUUUGCGAAUCGCUCUUUGAGCUGCGUAGUCCUCUACUGUUUGUCAUAUUUUCAGCCUAAACAGUUGCAGUGUCACACGGCUGAGCAGACAGUGGUUGCGGCCACAACGAGAAGUUAGGCGAGUUUUCUGCAAAUCUCAGUGAAUAGCGUAUAAGCGCGUAAGAGAAAAUUAUCCGAAGUAGAGCAGCUUUCUUAAAACCAGCAGUAGAAUACCCCACGGCAAUUGUGAAAAGUGAGAGACGUGCAAGCGUGGCACAGUCGGGGACCAUCCGGCUUGUGUGGCUGCCCUAGACGAGCAACAGGCAAAGCAACACAGCCGCGCCCAGCUUUCCAUCAAUCAACGCAACGCAGUAACGCAAUUUUAAGUCGUCUGUGCUUUUCACGCCAAUCAACAUCUGCUCAUCGAUAGAUUUGCUGCGCCGUAUACUCCAAGGAGCACAACGAUCAUACCAAACAGUGGCGAUAGCGUUUGCUGCGUUAGAGAAGUGGAAGUAAGAGAAAAGCACCAGAAAUGGCAUUAAAGAGAAUUAAUAAGGAACUACAAGACUUGGGGAGAGAUCCACCGGCACAAUGCUCAGCUGGUCCUGUCGGGGAUGAUUUGUUUCACUGGCAGGCAACCAUUAUGGGACCGCCAGACAGUCCGUACCAGGGCGGAGUGUUCUUUCUGACUAUACAUUUCCCAACAGACUAUCCGUUCAAACCACCAAAAGUGGCUUUUACAACACGCAUCUAUCACCCAAACAUCAACAGCAAUGGGUCGAUUUGCCUCGAUAUUCUACGAUCUCAAUGGUCACCCGCGCUAACAAUUUCAAAAGUUUUGCUCUCGAUCUGCUCUCUGCUAUGCGAUCCGAAUCCCGACGAUCCGUUGGUGCCCGAGAUUGCCAGAAUAUACAAGACGGACCGGGAAAAAUAUAACGAACUCGCUCGGGAGUGGACCAGAAAGUAUGCUAUGUGAUGCGUUCCAGUUGCAACCUUACAAAAAGCCAACAGCAGCAGCCGUAGCAUCAAGAAAUACAACACGAACAAAAACAACAACUGUAUCCAGAGCAACAAGAGCAGCAGCAGCAGUGAACAAGAACAGCCACCAUGUAUAAAAAUCAACCAACACCGUGACAGCAGUAGUAGCAGCAACAAUAACAGCAAGGAAGCCAGACUCCCUAAAGAACAUCAGCUAACGUACAGUAGCACUGAAUGGAAGCAUAGCGGGGACUUCAACAACAAUGAUCAAAAUUCUUUUCCAUACCACUAUAACUGCUAUAGCGACAGUUUGUACUGUUAUUAUUAUUAUAACAUUUAUCAUGGCGAUCAUUUCGUUAUCAGCCAACAUCAGGGAGAAUCAACAGUAGCAACAGCAUCGAUAUUGAUGACGGCUAUCUUCACCACCGCUAUCGAAACACCAACGUCCACUUUAACAACCAUAGCAAUAAUCUCCCAACAGAAUUCUGUUCACGGUUCGGUUAAUGGUUUUGACACGAAAUUCACAUCUCGUGCUGCCUAAAACGAAACAUGCUACUGUUUCUGGCAUACUCAGUACACGUCAGACAUUAUCCUCUCUUCCACAAGCUUCCCAUUCUCCAAAAACCACUAACCAUCUCUAUGAUACACACCCAAGUUCAGCUGCGUAAAAGCGAGCAAAUGUUCUGUUACAUUUUGCCUUCUUUUUUUUACUCUUAAAGAACGGGCUGGGCCGUACUUAUUACAUUUUGCCUUCUCUUGUCUCUAUUAUUCCGUCGCAUAACGCUACAGACAACACCCAUUCUUGUCGUUCUAGUAUCGCUAGAUUUUCUUUCAAUUUUUUUAUCAGCAAGAUUUUUCUUAGGUUUAAUGCUCUUCUUCGUGUAUGCGGUAUGUUAUCAUCUUGGUCAUUAUCUUUACCUUCAUCAUUAUAAUCGUAGCCGUCGUUACAACCAUCGUCGUCAUUACCGUUUUUCUGUCAUCUUCAUCAUUGUCUGUCUUGUUCAUCGCCUUGAUUAGUCUCAUCAGCCCUUUCUAACAAAUAAAAUGAUUCUAGCAACAAGAUUCAAUAAUUUUCCGCAUUAUAAGUCACGUGUUCGUUGCACAAGCACCCUUAAACCUCACUAAUACUUAUCAAUUUGUUUUUGGCUUUCAUUCCCUUGCUCCCGUAAAACAAACUUAUCCUAUCCGGUCAUACAAUGGAGCAUGAUAUUUCACGGAAAUAGAACACGAAGGUUUUUCGGAAACUGGCAUCAGUUCUAGCAAAGCAUACUCCUGCGCAGAGUUUACUUUGAAUAUGGUACACUUGAAAUAAACUUAGACGACAUAAACUAAAACAAACCGAGACAGACGGCAAUCCUGCACACCAACACUAGUAGAACUGCUGAAGGAAAGAAGUUAUGAAUUAAACGGAGCGUUAAUGGAAGUAAGGAUGCAACCAAGAGGAUGCUCAGAGUUAUGCGUUUGUUUUAAGCUAGCCAACAGAGAUGAAUGUAUAGAGGUGUAGCUGCUAUACUAUGCUGACAACUAAAUUGAAAAAAAAAUCUUAAACAGAUAGGUUAAUUGGUUAGUGACGCACUUCAUGGAAAACGCUAUUGGUACUCCCACCCCAAUUUGUAAUAAAGUGCCGCUACACAGAA